AUUGACAAUGCGGCACUCAGAGCGCCUGCGCCAAUUUCCAGGAAGCGUUAACAUUUUUUUCUCCUACCAGCUGAUAGCCAAAUUGUCAACAGUUAAGUCUGCGCUGCCCGCGCCGCUGAAACGACGGUACACACGACAAAAACAAGAGUAGAACAGAGGUCAAGAACUCAUCAGUGAGACGUCACUCUCUGUUUGGGAAGCAGUGCAAGUGACCGAAACCACCUGUCUCCACUUCAGGGAGGAGGCCCAGCCCCCUGCUGUCUCUGGUCAGGAUGAGCUCCAGAGGGAGCGGAGGCCGCUCCAACGGCACACUACCACAGACCAAGAUUUGCCAGUUCAAGCUGGUGCUGCUGGGUGACAUGGCUGUGGGCAAGUCCAGCCUGGUACUGCGUUUUGUCAAAGGGCAAUUUGACGAGUUCCAAGAGACGACCAUAGGAGCUGCAUUCCUGGCACAGUCGGUGUGUCUUGAUGAUACAACAGUCAAGUUUGAGAUCUGGGAUACUGCAGGACAGGAGAGAUACCACAGCCUGGCUCCCAUGUACUACCGUGGAGCUCAGGCUGCUAUUGUUGUCUUUGACAUCACCAAACCGGAGACUUUUGAGAGAGCCAAGGCCUGGGUGAAGGAGCUGCAGAGGCAGGCCAGUCCUAACAUUGUUAUUGCCCUGGCUGGAAAUAAGGCCGACCUGGCCGAGAAGAGAUUGGUGGAGUACGAGGAAGCCCAGACAUAUGCUGAGGACACUGGUUUGCUUUUUAUGGAGACCUCUGCAAAGACGGCCAUGAACGUCAAUGAGCUCUUCCUGGCCAUUGCAAAAAAGAUGCCAAAAACAGACACCCAAAACCCAACACACGCAGCCCGACAUCGGGGAAUCAACCUCCAGGACCCAGAUGCCCAUUCUACCCGAGCCUGCUGCGGAGGGAACUAGACCUCCACAAUCCCCACCACCUGUAUUCCACCAUCCACACCACCACAGUCCUACAAUCAUCUUGUCUCUUUCAACCAACUUACAGGGGGUGAGCCUUUACCCUGCAUUCAUCCUCCUGUUCAAGCAGAGAGAAUAAGAGGAGAGGAAAAACAAAACAAAAAAAAAACCCAGCAGAGAUGGAGGACAGAGACACACGUGUCUGUUGACCAACAACUGAUUCUGCAUUUGGAAACGAGGUGUAGAGAAGACUGAGAUUAGAGGAUGAAAAUAAAAGAAUGUGGAAGAUGGUGGCAAGCCUGUUGUAGUAUUUAACACUAAUUGUGAAAUUUCUUUCGUGUUCACUCUGCCUUGCAUCAUUUUCCGUCACAGAUCUGAUUGUGUAAAAAGGCACAAACUGAGCAGCACAUGUUGCCGAGUGUCCAGAAAGGCUGAGGCAUUAAAGAAGCCAAACCAUUAAGUUGAGGCCGCUGUCAUCUUCUUUUUCCUUUUUGUCUUUUCCCCCCGUAGAGCUUGCACCUGCUUGCUUUCCCCCUCUAAGCUGCUGAAUCAGAUCCUGCUGUGAAUAAUGCCACAAACUGAAGCCCUGGAAUGAUUUGUAACCCCUCUCUGUCCUGCCUGAGCUUCCUGUAGCACAGUUUGUCCAACACAAGCCAAUUCGUCCCUAUUUAAUGUUCUCUGUUUCGACUUCUCUCGGCUGCAGGCUGUUAAGCUUCAGCAUCUCUGAUUCCCCCUCAUUUAGUCUAGAUGGAAACCCAGAAAGUCAGUAUGUGAAGUAAACAUGUCAAAUUCUGCCAAGUUCUGAAUGAGUGAAACUGUCUUUGCAAGACUGGGAUUUUUGGCCUAGUGACUUAUCUAUUGAAAGAUUGAGGUACACUUGAUUGGUGUGAAUAAUUGCUGUAGCUCUUUACAGAAAUAAUACAGACUGGGUAUGAAGUGGGUAACUAUGACAUUGCUAUAUACGAGACGGAAACAAGAACAGGCCCCUCAAAUAGAAAGAUUACUUAAUCCUAUUGAACACAUCCCUUUUUUCUGAUUGGCAUCCAUAUCUUUCCAUUUCACAAUAGUGUCUCCAAAUGUCGAGGAACUGCUCAAAUUCCCGUUGUUCUCCCUGUCUGUUCUAAAAGAUGAGGCUUGUAAUAAACCUCCUUGGUCUGCUGGAGUAUAUCUGCCCAUGUUGUGGUUAGAGUGUCCCUUGUCCUGAGGCUAAGUUGUUGGUGAACCUGAUCUUAAAUGGUUUUACUGUUUCCUUUACCUUAAUAAAAUAAAUUGUGUGCUCGGUGGCUGUCAAAGGCUUGGCUGAAGAAAAUGAGGAAAGAAUAGAUAAAAAUACACACACAAAAAAAAAACAAAAACAGAAGUG